CCCUCCUUGUUCAAAAGGGGACGGGAGGUGGCGCUGAAUGCGGGAAUGUCUACGGUCGGCGGCGAGCCCGUCCUUCUCCACAAACUGCGACUCAUAGCUCGGGGGCUUGUUUCAAAGGACUACAGAGGUCUAUAUGUCGAGACCAGAACCCCAAACGCCCAAAAGCCACCAGCCCGGCUAUCGAGGGGAUCGCCAAGGUGGAGCCGAAUCAUCGUCUUGACGCUUGUCGUCUCAGCCAUCCACACGAGCCUCGCGGAAAACAACAAAACUUCGGAGGCUUCGGAAUUGACGUGCGCGUCCAGCGAGCCGCACUUCGUUGUCAAGGUUGCGAUAGUUGUCCUGAUGCUGGGGCUUUUCUAUUGGGCCAACCGGAUUUUCGACAAGCUCGAUGAAGCCAGCUACGCCAGACUUUCCCGUGCCCUUUCGCGCCGGGCACACGCGCGACAGAGAGCUGGUUGGGCAAGAAGACGUUGAACGCGUGACAACAACGGGCUCGCCCUACAGUGCCUGUUCUAGACUCUUUUCCGUUGAUUCGCUUUUUGUCGUGCUGGGUUGGCCGGCCCUGCAUUUCCUUGAAGGAGCCUUUUGCGUACGAAAAAAUCGUUGUUAUGGCCGUGACACAAGUUCGAGGGGGGACUACAUGCUGGCGUAGGGGUUGGGAGGACCCCCCACUGUUCUGGGACAUCACGGGGCCAUGCGUUUUUUCGCUUUGGUGAGAUGCCAACCCGCCACAUUUUGGGGGCUGGGCAGGACCCGAAAUCAGAGCGUGAUCGGGUAGAGGAGGGUCACGACCAGGCGAAGAAGCCAAAGCACCGACAACAGUUGGACACAAUUCCCGAACGAGCCAUACUCCCGAAGGGGUUGUACUGCCGUACGAGCAGUGACACCGACACAUGGGCCAUGCUAUCGGGAAUCAGUGAAUAUCGGCGGAAGACGGAGUAUCCCACCCGAGACGGAGCCCGGGACAGAUGAGAUGAGCCCACCAAAAGCCAACAAAUACUGGCAUGUGUCCAGAAGUCGCAAGAUCACAAGAGCGGCCGUUGGAGUC